AUGACUCGUGCCAAAGCCGCUGUCACCACCAAGCCAAUACCUCUGCUGGGCCACCCGCACGGCACGGUGCAUGGGUGGUGGGUCGGUAGGACCAAGCUGCGCGUCUACGGGGGGAAUAAGUUGGACAAGACGACCAAAGGGCAGGGACGUAAGGAAAGCUUUCCAUUUACCUCUGCCCUUUUGACGUACACGAAAGACGUACACCGCGACGAAAAAGAAUAA